ACCAAACCAAACCUCAAUCUCAUUCUGAUGUUAAACCCAAACCAAAUAUCAUUUUCUCAACUCCGGAGAGUCUGAGGAACAGAGCUCAUGAGGUUCGUAAGAUAAGAAGAAGAAGAAGAAAGAAGAUGCAACUCCUCCUUCAACCAGGUCCACCGCUUACUACUACUUUAGAUUUUGUUCACAACUCACUCGAAACCUUAACCUUUCGUGGAUUUUCGAAAUGCCCAGUUACUAAAACCUCCUCUAGUUCGCUUGCAAGCUCAGUUUUCUCUAAGAAUUUUCCAGUUUUGAGAAGCACCCACUUGAGUUUUUGCUCUAGAAACGAUGUUUUUGAUGGUUUCUCGAGUACCCAUUUGUCUAAUAAGCCAGAAGAGGAUAAAGCUAGAGACAAUGGAGAUUUUAGUUUACUAGAUAAACCAUCCCCACUGGUUAGAGAUGAUAGUAAUGAUAAUGAGUCUACUUCGGAAGAAAGUGUUGUAAAAGUUGAUAAAGAUGAGGCUUUAGCGCCUUUUUUGAAAUUUUUCUCAACAGAUGGGGUGAACAAACUGACAGAAGAGGAAGAUGGCAUGGGAGUAUCUGAAGAAAGAAGUGAGUCGGAUUAUGAGGAUGAGGAGGAGCAGAAGGAAGAGAAAAAGGUGAAUAUUUCUUAUUAUGAGCCCAAACCUGGUGACUUUGUGGUUGGAGUUGUUGUUUCUGGCAAUGAGAAUAAGCUUGAUGUGAAUGUUGGGGCAGACUUUUUGGGUACAAUGUUAACUAAGGAGGUGAUGCCUUUGUAUGAUAAAGAGAUGGAAUACUUGUUGUGUGAUCCAAAUAGUGAUGCUGAGGAGUUUUUUGUUAGUGGGAAAAUGGGAAUUGUGAAAUAUGAUGAAGCUAAUGAAAGACCAACACCAUGGAAGCCACCUGUGGAGGUUGGCACUGUUUUGUUUGCUGAGGUUCUUGGAAGAACACUCAGUGGCCGGCCAUUGCUCUCAACUAGAAGGCUCUUCCGCCGGAUGGCUUGGCACCGAGUGAGGCAGAUAAAACAAUUAAAUGAACCUGUUGAGGUUAGAAUUACAGAGUGGAAUACUGGAGGCCUUCUAACAAGAAUUGAGGGUUUGAGAGGUUUCAUUCCCAAAGCUGAAUUAGUGAAUAGAAUAAACAACUUUGGUGACUUGAAAGAAAAAGUGGGUCAGCGGCUUCAUGUGCUCAUUUCUCGAAUAAAUGAAUCUAACAAUGACCUAAUACUAAGUGAGAAGGAAGCUUGGCGAAUGUUAUAUCUCCGGGAGGGAGCCCUUUUGGAAGGGACUGUUGAGAAAAUAUUCCCAUUUGGAGCUCAAAUAAGUAUAGGUGAUACUAACAGAAGGGGAUUGCUGCAUAUUUCAAACAUCAGCCAGAGACAAAUCACGGCGGUCAGUGACUUACUCGCUGUUGGUGAAAAGGUUAAAGUUUUGGUGGUGAAGUCAAUGUUUCCAGACAAAAUAUCUCUCAGUACCGCUGAGCUCGAGAGUGAACCUGGCCUCUUUAUAACAAACAAAGAGAGAGUGUUUUCUGAGGCUGCAACGAUGGCAAAGAAGUACAGGGAAAAGCUACCUCCUUAUAUAGCCACAGGUGAAUCCGAACCACUUCCGAAUGACACUUUAUUUUUUGAAAAUGAAGCGAAGAUGUAUGCAAAUUGGAACUGGUUCAAAUUUGAAAGGGAUUGAGAUUGAACUAGCGCUCAAGGUUGGCACAUUUUUAUAUUGUGAACAUGAGAAAGAAAAAAGUAAUGGCAUACUCGUCUUUUAGAUCAAAUUAUCCAUGCGCGUACAUAAGUUGAUCACUUGAAAAUUACAGGCAGAAACCAUGAGAAUCCAAGAAAAUGUGUAGUGAUAUUUUUGUUUGUUAGCUAAUUUAGAUGGAAACGAGUGUGAAGGUUGGUUGUUUGAGUUGACCUUAGAUUUAUAUAGUUUGAGGAACCACCAUUGCUGACCAACUACAUGAAAUUCAGUUGUGAAAAUUUCAAGGCUUGGUUAACAAGAACUCAUAUAUAGCAUGAGUUCUUGAAUUUAAAUUAGGGGAUUUUUAAAAAAUAUGGCUUUUUAGCCAUCAAUGUGCAAAAAUAUGGGAGUUAAACUUUCUUUAAUUUGUAUGGGAAAAUUUAAUUAAGAAAAACUUAGUUUAUGGGAAAAUUAAUCCCAUAUUGGAAAUCAAAAUUAAUCAAAACAAAUUAGCAAAAAGAGGGGUACUAUGGUAAUUAACAUAGCCAAAACUCCUUCAGCCAAGUCCAUCUUCUCUAUCAUUUUGCCCUAACCGCCUCACCAUCUCCACCAUAGCCAAAACUCCUCCACUUGGCUGCCUCACCAUCUCCACCAUCAUCUCCGCCCACCCACCUUCACUACCUACCAAGAACACCCUAGCCGCACCUCCGUGAAACCCAGGCACUCUCCACUCGGCUGCCUCACCAUCUCCACCAUCAUCUCCGGUCACCCCUUUACCACAUACCAAGAACACCCCAGCUGCACUUCCGUGAAACCCAGCCACCUUCACCACCUUAGGUGCGCACCUCUAUGAAACUCAGCCAAGAACACCCCAGCCGCACCAUCGGCGAACACAAACUCAAUCCGCGCAUCUCUGUGCGAUUCCAUUCGCGAUCCCCCAAAUCCAAAACAACGGGGAUAGGCUGAGGUGAGGGAUGUUCUAGUGGUGGUCGGAGGCGAGGAAGAAGGGUGGCGCUUGGGCUGUGUGCGAUUUGUGGUGCUCGGAGCGGUGCAAAACAACGGGGAUGGCUGGGUUUGCGACGGGGUUUUGCGCGUACGGGAUGGGGGUUUUUGGUGGUGGUCGGAGGCGAGGGAGGAGGUUGGUUCGUGGUCAGAUCUGGUUUUUUUUCUUUU